UGUACCUUGAUUCUCUCCUCUACUUUCAAUAUUCCACACAAGUUUCUCAAAGCCUAAACACGCUUCACUAUGCAGUCAGACAAGCUCCGCCUCUUCACACGCUACCUCCCCCUCCUCCUCACCUGCGCCCUCAAAUUCCUCUCCCAACGCCUCCAAUCCACGCUCCACCAACUCACCUACCGCCCUCUCCACUCAUCCCAAAACGUCCUCGUCAUCGGCGGCUCCUUCACCGGCGUCUGGCUCGCUCGUCGACCCACGGAAUCCCUGCCUUCCGGCUACAAGGUGGUUCUCGUCGAGAAGAACUCGCAUUUCAACUACACAUUUAACCUCCCGAGGUAUUCGGUGUUUCGGGUCCAUGAACAGAAGGCCUUUAUCUCGUAUCAAGUGACGUGUGUUAGGGAUGGGGAAAUCGAAUUGGCAAGUGGGAAAUGUGUUCCAUAUGCGUAUCUGGCGAUCGCUACAGGAGCAACGCAGUCUCCGCCUGCGAAGUUGCUUGCGAGUCAGAAAGGAGAGGCGGGUGCUGAGUUGAGGGUCUUGCAAGCGAUAAUUGAGAAGGCGGAGAAGAUUGCUAUUGUUGGUGGUGGGGCUGUGGGUGUGCAGCUUUCGGCUGAUAUUAAAAGCUUUUACAGGGAUAAGACGGUUGUGCUUAUUCAUUCGAGGGACCAGUUGCUCUUGAAUUUUGGGGUGAGGUUGCAUGAGUUUGUGGUGGGGAAGUUGGGGGUAUUGGGCGUGGAUAUUUGGCUUGGUGAGAGACCGGCUGUACCUGUUGAUGGUAAUUGGGAGAGUGAGGAACUUACAUUCAAAUGUGGAAGGAGCGAGAUGUUUGACUUGGUGAUCCCUUGUACAGGACAAAAGUCAAACUCUUCGAUUGUCGCAGAAUUUUCUCCAUUGUCGAUAUCGACUCAAACGAAAAGGAUUCUUGUCAAGCCAACCUUGCAGCUUGAAGGAAAUGGGAAGUCAAAUGAGGGAAUCGCCCGUAUCUUUGCGUUGGGAGACGUUGCGGAGACAGGAGGACCCAGGAUGGCACGGGCUUGAAUGAUGCAAGCAGAAAUCGUUCGAAUAUCGUUGCCCUCAUCAAAGAAAGAAGCUGGCUGAGUACGCGUCGUUGGCUCUCGAAGGAGCGUUGAAGUUGAGUUUGGGCAAGGACGAGUGUGUUAUUACCUGCAGGAAUAUGAUGGGACUGACUUCAUGUUCCCAGGCAAGGGUGGACACGUGGAUUUGGAAGUUGCUCAAGCUUGGAAGAUGUUUGGAGCUGAUCUCCAAAAGGAGGUUAUCGAAUAACGACAUAUGAGCAUCUUAACUUCGGAUCCGUCCUUUAACCAAAUCAUCACUCUCGAUUUAGAACUACCAGCAUGCUUCCCAUCAAGUCCUCUUGGUUGAGUUCAAUUUUUAGGCCGGGGGGUAGGUGCCUGCACCUUUCCACAACAGCCUGCUCGAAU